CGGGUUUUGGCAGUUGGGACCUGCCUGUGCCUGAUGCCACCCUGACUUUAAGGAGUAUUUGGGCAGAGGGUAACACAACAGCAUUUGAACUUAUUGUUGUGCACUGUGCUAUAGGUCAUAUUCGAAAGAAAAUAUUGUUCUCUCAUGUAUGUAUUAUUGAUUUAAUUACUUGUGUAAAUCAGUAUUGUUAAAGAGUGUUAUAUGAGUAUUUUUUAGCUGUGCAACUAAAUAUUUCUGCUGGUUUAAUUAUUUUUCAUGGUAUAGUUUGACAUGGGUAAUUAUUUGUCACAAAUUAUUAUUUGAUUAAUGAAAUCACACACUGUAUUAUAGUUACAAGCCCACGAGUGUAUAAAUUUGUUAAGUUCAACUAGAGGCAUGAAUAGUUGAUCGGAGUGUAGCUGUAGGUGACUAUUGCUCAACAAAGUAGCAUUGAGCUAGGUCCUAUUCGUAUGCCAUGUUGUCACUUUCACAUACCAGGUACCUACUUUAGGCUACACAUGUCCAUUUGGACAGUUAGUGAAGCUGCAUACACUACCUAAUUAUCAGAAAGCUUCAAGUUUAAGAAUGAUUUAAAAUCAAAGUUCGUUUUAAAUGUAUGAGAAUCUAAUUUUAGUUUUUUUUUUAUUCAAAGAAUCUACAAUUUAUUUGUUUAGUUUGGAAAUGGAGUUAUUUUAUUUGAAAUCAUACCUGCAUCCUUACUAUUCUCUAUUAUCAUCUCGUGUUCGAUUGAGAAAAAUUAGUAAAUUAUGUAUAUCUAUAUCUAAUAAGCCAGAAGUUUAACUUCUGUUGCGUGUGGACUUCACGGACACAUUUUUUUUGUCUCUUUAUUGUUCCAAUCCACACCAGGAACAUUAAAAUUGUCAAGUAUUACUUACUAUAUUGACUUGAUUACAGGUAAGUUUAACUUCUAGAUUCUCGAAGUAAAAUUUAUAUGUAUUUGUAGUUGUAUGUGAAUGUAAAUAAAUAUUUCCAAGAAAAAAUGAAUGUAUUUGAUAAUGUUUUAUUUCUAACCCACUCAGCUUCAUUUCGGGGGUAAUCUAAGGUGUUAAUAAGUUGAACUGAAGGAUUUUAAUUUUUUUGACAGUCUGUGAAAUAAUGUGAAUUUCAACUAGGGUUAUUAAACCAGGUUUCAGUUAAGCAGAUAUCAUAGUGAGUGUUAUGAUUAUAGAAAAAUUCAAUAGAUUGAUUUUGAAGACUGACGUUUUGAUAAAAGAAUUCCCGCUCCGUGCGGUUAAGUUGCAGUAAAGAAUUUUAAGAUGCUCUUCCAGGCACCUGAGUUGGAAUUGAAGCAGUAUUUAAGACUAAUGGGGGUUUAGGAUUAGCUAUUGAUGAGUGGUCAAGAUUGAGGAAGAAUCAAUCAUUGCUUUAAAUUUUUUCGGUAUGACAUUUGCCUUAAAAGGGGCUUUUUAAUCAUCCGCUGGACGAAAAUACAACGUUGUUGAUUCUAGUAAAAUUUUCUUUUAGGACACAUUUGGAAUGAAACCUAACAAUUGAAUUUGGUCCGGAGUUUAGCUACUUUUACACGGGAUAGAUUAAGCUCAUUGGAAAUGUAUUCAAAAAUUUCUUGUUCUUGAACAGAAUGAUUCAAAUGGGAAAUAAAGAGGUCCUUAGUUUUUUUAAAGCUGGUUUGGCGACCGUUUUCAAGGAGGGAAUGUUUCUAAUGUCCAUUUUCUUCCGUUCUGGAUCACGUUUAUCGUCGGUGAUCACGUUUAUCUUGGACUUCUUUGCACUACCGUGCCCUGGUCUUGGUCAAUAGGCUGGGUGUUGUCGCCACUUUUGAACGUCGGGCUUUUCACGCUUACUCUGCCAAACAUGAUAGAAGUUACAAAAACAUAUGUGUUCAAAUAACCACCUAUUGUAUUUAUAAUAUAUUGGGGAAAUUCCUUAAAUUGGCUAAAGAUAUUUAAGCUUCAAAAACGGGUUAUUAGAAUUAUUUAUAAUCUUAGUAAGACAGAUUCUUGUAGGCCUAUUUUCCUGAAUAACAAACUCUUAACAUUUCCAGCCAUUUAUAUAUAUUCGGUUGUCAUUUAUGUAAUUCAAAAUAUUAAGUAUGUAAAGAAUAAUGAAAUACAUAAUCACUUUACCAGAUCCAUUUAUAAGAAUCACAUUCCUUUUCAUUCAACAAAAAAAUACGAAUUGAACCCUUUUUACAUGGGCCUUAAACUAAUAAAUGUUCUACCGAUAUCCCUGUUAAAUACAGCAUCCCAAUCACAUACCAUAUUUAAACGACAUCUCAAAGAUUACCUACUACGAAUAGCUCCAUACUCUGUUAAUGAAUUCCUCAGUGCAUCUACAUAAAUUGCUGCAUUGUUUUUUAUUAUCAUUUUUUAUUGUAACAUAUAUUAUUGUGUUAUAAUGUAUUUUUUUUAUAUUGUUUUGUUAGUGUAUUAUGAUGUUGUAUUUUAUUUAUAAUGUUACUGACAAAACCUGGACAUAUGUACUGUCAAAUAUAGGACGCUAAUAAAUGAAAUGAAAAAAAUGAAAUUUACAAGAAAAAACUGAGAUAGUUAAGUUGCUUUACUUCUCAAGUUAUACUUUCACUUGGAGAUAAAUAUAAACACAACUGACAGCUGGGUGUGCCACACGAUGUUUACCUAUCCCAUCGUACUUUGCUGUUUUGCUGUUGUUUACACCUACUACGAUUAUGCAGGAUUCAACACGAGCUGAAGUAUCGAUUUAAUCAGAAAUAGAUGUAUAACAAGUAUAUUUUUAAUAGUUAAAGUUUCCGAACGAGUUAAGAAAAUGUUUACAAAUAUGGAGGAUCUUAAUGUUUUCGCAUUGGCGCCUACUGGCGUGAUAAGUGGCAACCUUGUGCGACUGUCGCGUAAAAAAAAAAAAAAAAAAAAAACUGCGUUUUGCUGUUGUUUGGUAUUAACUCGUCUCGACGUUUCGUUGUUGCUGUUUAUGUUUGUGUAAUAAAUAUUAAUAGUAAUUGUAUGCUGUUAUCAUUGGAAUGGGUACGAGGUUUUGCAAGGAAAAUAUUUAUCGUUGCAUGUUUGAGGUGCGAGUGCAUUGCCAGUGAAAAGUGAGUGAAAAUUUUGCGAAGUACGGACACUUUCGAUAAUUCUGAAGUAUAUUUCAGAUGUAUAUAACUGAAAAAAUAAUGGUUCUGUUUCCAAGAAUUUGCGGCAGUUUUUAAACACAAGGUUCCAGAAGGGUUCGGCUGACCAUGAUCUCCAGAAUACAAUCAGAGACAAUUUGUAUUUACGAACCGUUCCUGUCACAACUCGAACUCCCCGCGAAGGGGAAGUCAAUGGUGUUGACUAUACUUUUCUUACCCCAGAGGAAUUUACUGCACUAGAAAAUAGUGGAAACCUUUUGGAGAGUGGAAUUUACGAGGGAAAUCACUAUGGUACUCCAAAGCCAUCUAAGGAACCUCCUGUAUCUCCCCCUCAGAGCUGCAGUGUGAGUUUUAAUCCAGACAUUUUAGGUGUGGCACUGGGUAGCAUAUUUCCUGGUGUCCAUCCAAGCUCUGAGGGGAAGCGCAAACGAAACCGCUCAAAUGUAGAAGCUAUGGCUGCGAAAAAUAUGGAGCCAGAGCUGAUUGGUGGAAACAUCUUGGUGGGAGAUGAUCCUGUUGGAGGAAGCAGGGAAAACAUGCCCACCUCUGCAGCACCUCCAAAUUACUAUCGUGAUGGUGAUGGAAUGGAUUCCUUUCGAUCUGAUCUGGGGCCGCUGCCUCAAAACUGGGAGAAGGCGUUCACUGAGAGAGGAGAAGUUUAUUUUAUUGACCAUAACUCAGGGACAUCACAUUGGCUGGAUCCACGCCUUUCAAAAUUUCAGAAGAAAUCUCUGGAAGAGUGCCUUGAUGAUGAGUUGCCCUAUGGCUGGGAGAAGAUUGAUGACCCUCAUUAUGGCACCUACUACAUAGAUCAUGUUAACAGGAAAACUCAGUAUGAAAAUCCUGUGAUUCAAGCCAAGCAAGCAGCUCAAGAUGGUAGUGGCAGUGUGGCUGAUUCUCAAGCUGGCAAACCUCACGGUAUUCCUGCUUCACGUCCUAGUGCAAAUACUAUUAAUGCAACACAGAAAAGGCCAGUUAGUUUUGAAAAUUCAUAUUUCACACGUAAUCCAAAUGAACUACAAGGGGAGAGAAUCAAGACUACUUUGGUAAAGUCAUCUCGAGGCCUUGGCUUUACAAUUGUUGGUGGAGAUGAUUCUGAAGAAGAAUUUCUCCAGAUAAAAUCAGUUGUUCCAAAUGGUCCUGCCUGGCUUGAUGGAAAAUUGCUAACAGGUGAUGUUCUUGUGCGUGUGAACGAAACAUGUGUUCUUGGUUUUACACAUCACGACAUGGUAAGCGUGUUUCAGUCAAUAGCUCCGGGUGAAACUGUGACGCUGGAAGUUUGUCGAGGUUACCCUCUGCCAUUUGACCCUAACGAUCCAAACACGGAAGUGGUCACGACUGUUGCUGUAAAUGCACCAGAUUCCAGUUCCGUGAAUGCUAGUUCAUUUAAAGACAGAGAGGGCAGCCUUAAAGAUAAUGAUUACAAUUUCAUACAGGAUUUACCACAUGUUCAUAAUGGCUCCGAUGAUGUAGCCUCAAGUUCAGUUAUGUCCAUGCCAGACUUGUGUUCCACUGAGAAGGUCAAGAGCAUACAGCGUCCUAAUAGCACUGAUGUUCUUCUUGGCAAUCCGACCACCAUAGAAGAAUUUGAAUCUUUUGAAAAACCAGAAUUUCUUAGCAUAGGCAUAGUGAAAGGUGCAAUGGGGUUUGGAUUUACGAUAGCAGAUAGUGCGUAUGGUCAGAAAGUGAAAAAAAUAUUAGAUCGGCAGCGAUGUAAAAAUUUAAUGGAAGGCGAUAUUCUUGUGGAUAUAAAUUCUAUAAAUGUACGUAAUAUGUCUCAUGGUGAAGUAGUUCAGGUUUUAAAAGAUUGUGUUCGAAAUCAAGAAGCCACUGUGACUGUGCAAAGAGGGGGCUUAAGUUCUCCGGCAAAGAAUAAGCUUAGAAUGAAAGAAGAUUCAAAUGUCGGGAAGAAAAGUCUAUAUGCAGAUACUGUCACUGGGUUGUACAGAAGUAAAACACCCACUGCUGAACUUUACAGUACACAGCAAAAAGAAGUAAUACCUAAUAGGCCAAAAACACCAUUGGUUGACACAAGGAACCGUCCAAAAACUCCAACGUUAUCUGUCGAUCACAGACCUUGGUCUCCAUCUGCUGGUAGUGAAAGUUCAAAGUUAGAAAUGAAUUCAGAAAUGAAUAAAUGUGAAGAAAAUGGUUUGGAUGAAAACAUUUCCUCUCCAAUUGGUUCCUUUGAUAAUUGCAAGACUAAAUUUCAAUACUCAAACUCUUGUAAACCUGCAGGAACAGAAAGUGCCAUAAGUCCUUUGUCCAGUUUAAGCGAACAUUUAAACUCAACCACACUUCAGAAUAGCGGUUCACUUUGCUCUACAUCCAUCGACUACGCUCGUAGCAGGAGUCCUGCCACUGAUUUGGACUCUGAUAGUCACAAGCAAAGGGAAAUUUGGAAUAAAGAUAAAGAUCAUUUUGACUAUAAGACCAGAGAUACGUUCUCAGACACCCCACAGUCACCAAGCACUAUCAGUUCAAAUGUUAUUGAUACAAGCUUACAUGGUGACAGAUCGAGAUCGGCUGAAUACAUGAGACAUUAUGUUUCACAUCCAUCUUACAAUGGCUACAACGUAGGUGGUCGAUAUGAUGCAAGUUAUAAUUAUGGUUAUAAUGACAUUCCUGCUAGUGAUUUUGUUUCCCAUAAAGAUUUCAUGUAUCCUUACAAUGUGUUUGACAUGCCAGGAUAUAGUUCUAAAAUGCAAAAUGUGCCUGGAGGUUUAGUUCCAUCUACGACUGGUGGGUACACCAUGAACAAGAAGAAGGAAAGCACAAGUUUUGAACAUGAGCAGCCACACCCAAGUAACCUUGUAAGGUAUGCGAGUGACUUAAGGUGGCUGAGUAUUAAUCCAUCUGUUCAUGUGUACCCUGCGAGCCCUGGUGUUGACUGGGUAGAAACAUUGGUUACUCUUGUCCGUCAAGAAAGUGGCUUUGGGUUCCGCAUCGUUGGAGGAACAGAAGAGGGUUCGCAGGUAGGAGCCAUGGUUUCCAUUGGACACAUUGUACCGGGUGGGGCAGCUGACUUGGAUGGCCGGUUAUGUACUGGUGAUGAGAUUGUAAGUGUGGACUCACAAUCAGUCCUUAGCACCUCACAUCAUCAUGUGGUCCAGCUCAUGGGCAAGGCUGCAGCAAAUGGCAGAGUGACUCUGGGAAUUAGAAGACGAAUUUCAAGCCAAGAUGUGACGAGCUUAGCACAGUCAGAUGUUGGCUAUCCAUAUGAUGUAACAGUUACGAGAAGAGAAAAUGAAGGAUUUGGCUUUGUUAUAAUUUCAUCUGUAAAUAAAGCUGGUUCUACAAUUGGUAGGAUAAUUGAAGGUAGCCCUGCUGAACGCUGUGGGCAGCUGCAUGUUGGUGAUCGUAUUCUUGCAGUAAAUCAUAUUGACAUUAUGAAUCUGUACCAUGGAGACAUAGUCAAUCUCAUCAAGGAUUCUGGAUACACUGUGACCCUCACAAUAGGACCUCCUGUUGAUGAUACUUCAAGUACAGCAUCAGCCCCACAGAGGGAAGAAGAAGGGCUUGCAGAAGAAGAACAAUAUCAUGCUGUGGAAUUAAGUAGAGGUACACGAGGUUUUGGUUUCAGCAUUCGUGGUGGAAGAGAGUUUCAAAACAUGCCGCUGUUUGUUCUUCAGAUAGCAGAAAACGGACCAGCUGCCUUAGAUGGAACACUAAAUAUUGGUGAUCAGAUUAUAGAAAUUAAUGGUAUAAACACUAAAACAAUGACUCAUGCAGAAGCCAUAGAAAUUAUUCGCAAUGGUGGUCCUACAGUUAGGUUAUUGGUUCGUCGAGGAGGUAAAGUUCCUCUUUCUCCUCAAAUUGGAGAUACUAUCAGCUCUUCACCAGGAAACUUAAAUUUGCAAUUAAAGUCGAUUUUGAGACCUGGAAGUUCACUAGCGCAAGCAAAUGGCCCAGUUAGACACAACUCACCAUGCGAAACAGGCUACUGGGACAGUCACAGCUGACACCAUCCUUAGCUUUCUAUUACUAAGGUCUGUUCGUCUUGUCUCACCAGGAGUACCAGAAUGCUUAUAUUAUGUUUUCAUAAGCUGUUUGUUUGCCACAUCGUUUAUUUACAGAGUGCAAAAGGUUAUUUUAUUUAAUUUGGAGAUAAUUUCUUUUAAUGCACAGGAUAUUUCAUUCUUUUUAAACCAAUACCAUUAGAUGAAGCAGAUCCCUUGACAUGGAUACUCUUAAUUUUAAAAAAGUUACAAAAUUUUGUCUAUUUGUUCAACAAGAGCACUCAAUCAAAGUUAGUGCAACUUAAAUUGUGGCAAAUAUUUCUGUCAAACUUUUGUUCAGUCUUAUUUUGUACUGUAAUUUUAACUAGGAAUCACCUGUGUGAGAAAACAGUUGUGAAGAACUUUGAACUGAAUAUUAAACUAAUAUAAAAAAGUUCACAUAUAUGUGAAGUGAAGCCACUUAUGUUUUUGUAAACUGAGUUUAUUUGAUCAUUUAAUAGAUGUUAAAUUGUUUCUGCAUGUUAAGGGAGACUUAGGUAUUAGGAGAAUCCAAAGAUUAAUUUUAUUGAAAGCAAAUAAACUGCAAAGAAUGUUUCAAAUAGGUUUUAUUUUUUCCCCCUAAAUAAUAUGUACUUUUGCUUGCAAAAGUAGCUUUGUUGUGUUUCUGAACUAACAGACAGUUUCUACUUGCACUCAUAUUUUACUUUGCGAAUUAUUCUUUCGUGAGUUUUAAGUAAGUUCAAACCAUAAUGUAUAUGUAUAUAAAAAAUUGAAAUUUACUGUGGAGAACAUAUUUAAGCUUGUAUGUUAUGUACUAAAAUUUCGUAAGUAUAGGUUUUUUUAUUAACUAGUAUCACCUUUGUACAUAAAUAUAAAUUUUGUUUUGUGUAGGUCACAUUUUGCAGUCACACAUUAGCUCAAUAUUAAGAAGUACAAUAGAAUAUUUUUUUUUAAAACUUGUAUUAAUAAUCCAGUGUAUUAUUUAUUAUAUUGUAUAUAUUUUACACAGGAAAGAAAUUUUGAUGUAAAGUAAGAAGGAGGUGAAAUUUAUGUAUGUUGUAAUAUAUUGUUUAAUUGCCCAUGGACAAUAUUAAAAUAACUGUGAAAUAUAUGUAAGUGCAAUCUUUUUAUUUUUGUAGUAUUUUAUUUCUGAAUUCAAUAAGACAGAAAAAAUAUAUAAUUCAAUUAAUACUCCAAGUUUGUGUACUUUUGAUUAAAUAUAAUCUUUAGUAUCAUGCACUUAUACAAUUCCCCAGAGAAUGAACUGUGGUAAAUAUUUAUUUCUUUAAAGAUAGAUAUUUAUGCUUUACAUGAUGAUUAAAGUUUGUUAUAAAAUGGAAGUUUACUAUGUUACAACUUGUACUGCCUGAAAAUUUUAGAAUAUUUGCUCUAUGUUUAUGCUGUAUAUGUUUUUAUUUUCUUUAACUGAGUUUUCAAUGACAUUAAGAUGUGCAUGCUAAACGUUUACGACUUAUAUGUAACCAUUUGUUAAUUUUUUUAUGUUUUUAGUGAGUGCUAUUAAGAUCUAGUAUUUUUAGUGAAUAUUUUCUUUUUGUUGGCCUUAUUUUGUGUACUAUAUAGUCAUCAUGAAAACAUUGGUGUUGUAACCAAGUUGUUUUUAAACAUGGUUUAAACUUCGGUUUUUUCUAUGCAGUGCCAGUUCUGAGGUACAGUAGAAGCCUGAUAACAUGGUUCAAUAUACCAUGGAUUUUAAUGUACAAUAUAUAGGAUUUUGUCACUUGAUAAAAAAUAUACACAAGUGGUGAUAGAA